UGGAAACAUAAUUCGAAAUUUACACUGUCAAUUUCACUGUGACAACUUAAUCAUACGUCGGGUAUUCAUUCCAUAGAAGAGAGCAUGUCACAUUAAACUUAGUACUCAGGUGGAUACAGCCUUUCUCGUACCUCUGCAUGUUUGUUCAUAUAUCGCAUUGUCUAGACUGGGAAGAAAAUUUAAUGCAUAAGAAAAACUACCCUUUUUAGGUGGUACCAAGUUUGAAAAACAACAAGAGAAAUUUAGAGAAAGACUGCAGUGUGAGUAUACGACGUACUAAAUUUCGUAAAGCCAAAAAUUAUCUAUCUUCGACGUCUAGAACGGAUUUUUAAACUUGUUUUCAAUGCUGUUCGAGUUCUGUUGGUUACAGUAUGGAGGAGGAAAGGGUAUUGCCCCUAAUGGGAUGCCAGCUCUCAAAACUGGGCUGAAAGGAAAUUGUUUCCAAACCGCAAAACGCUUUUCAAAUGAUACUUUCACCUUGCUGAUUUUCCUAGCGUUUUUGAGAAAAAAAGAGGAAAAAGAAAACAGAUUGUAGAUUACAGUUUUACUUACAAAAUACUAAAAUAGUUUAACAAAUUCUUUGGUUUCUCCAGAUAUUAAUAACAGCCAGCGUACUCCGGUCAAUUUUAUAGAAUGCUAUUGCAGGAUUUAUCAAAUUUUAUGUAAUACAUUUUUAGUUUAGAACAGAUACGGGCACAGUCAAUUUUCAUGUAUUUCUGGGAGAUGAUUCUGAAAUACCAGAAGAGGAUUUAACCACUUUGGGAUAAAGAGUUCUGAAGAAAAGUCCAGAAUAGUAACGAUGUGUAUCUAUAUUUCCCAGUACUUCAGUUUCUUAAAUCUGUCCACUAUGAUCAUCCUUCAAAUAAUAACUGUUCGUUUCAAAACACGAUCGGUGUUAGCUAUGUGAUAAUAUACGAUAAGCCAAAUACGCUGUUUUAAAAAUAUCACAACAUUGUUAUUACUUUCUUUGUUUUUUGUGUUAAGAGUGAACAAAAAAGUCAAAAUGUUUAACUGCUAGUCUAUGUAGACUAGAUGUUCAAGAAGAAAAGACUAGAAGAAGAAAAACGAGAAUGUACAUGUACAUCUCAUGUAUGUUCUUGUUUUUCUUUGAUUUUCUAAGUUAUGCUUAAGGAGGGAUCCCAUUUAUAUUUUCUCCUAACGUUCCCAGUUUGUAGAGGAUACUUCGAGGUAUAUGUCCUGAAGUUUUCUCGGCUUACUGACAUUAUUUGGCAGAGAAAAAAUUAACUACUUUAAAAAGUAUUGUUAAGUUUUGAACAACGAACUAUUAAUUAAAAGAAUUUGUCCACUCUCCAUUCAUCGUAAAAACUUGGUUCUUAUUUAGAUCGAUAGAGAAAUAUGUGUAGAAUAUUUAAUAUGAGAAAAUAUGUAAAACUUUUUGUUCUUUCCUUCCUGUUAUUGACUAAUUAGCACUAAUUAACGUUAAUUUAGUCUACUCUACUAGCUUACAGAACCAUUUGCAAAAUAAGGACUCAACAAAGGAAUUUAAGCAAUACCUCAUCUGAUAGAGAAUUUCACAGGAGAAUAAGCAAAUAAACCCGUCCAUUUUUCCGAAGAUAAUUUGACUUGUGUUACACUGCGAGAAAAAAAUGCCUUUAGGUGAGGUUUAGGGCACAUGAAGGUACCCUGCUUUUUGUUUCCGCGUUGACGGUGGACUUCCAUGCGCCCUAAACCUCACUAAAGGGCACUUUUUCGCAGUGUAUUACCCACAGGAUCUUUUUUCCCGAUUUAUAGCGUUAUAAAGCCAUAAAAUAUGCUUUUUCUUAAAUUAUAGUAUUACAACGCUAGAGAUUUAUCUCAUACAACGUUAUACAACGCGAUAGACGUAGCUCGUCGUGUUAUAACACGUUGCAAAGUUAUUUUUCAGGAAUUUAUGGUGUUGUACUAAGAUAACAAUUUUCGUUGUAUUACAACUCUAUAAAUUUAUAGCAUUAUAAUGCGUUCCAAUUUUUUAUCUCGUUACAACGCAAUUAGAUUUGUCUACUGCCUUAUAAUACGUUAGAUUCUAAUGUAUUAUAACGCGUUUGAGUUUUCUACUUCAGUAUAAUACGUUAUAAUACCUUAGAUGUUUUAUCUAAUUAUAAUGUCAUAAAUUUGGAAAAAUCUUUUAUAGUGUUAUGACUCAUUAGAUAAUGCAUAUCGUAUUGUAACGAGUUAAUAUCUAAUAUAUUACAAUGCAUUAUUCUUUUCUAUCUCAUUGCAAUGAGAUAAGAAAAUGGAACUCGGUGUAACACGAUAGAUAUUAAUGCGUUACAACGAGUAAGACAAUAUUCAAGACGAAAAUACAUGGUUUUCUCGUAAAUGACAUAUUUCCGUAAAAUUCUGAGACUGCCAAUCGAUUCCUCUCGAAAAGUUGAUCUGGGAAAAAUUAUUUCAACUAUAUGAGACAUAUACGUUACUGACUUGGGACUUAGGACAUAAACUCUCACAGUACAUUUAUUACCACUAUCACGUAUAGCGUUACAACGCCUGAGCAGUUAAUGCAUUGUAAUGCCAUAAAUUUAUAACGUUAUAAUGUGUUAGAUAUUAUAGUGACAUAAUAUAUUAAUCUAUAACGCGUUACAAUGCGUUACAGAUUAAUGCGAUAUGAAUUUAGUAAUGCUUUAAUUUGUACAAUAUAGACAAAUAAAAGAAAAAGUGAACAGACAAAAACAGGGAAAUUAUCAGAGUUGCCAGAUGGUCUGCAUUUUGCGGACAAAUUCCCGUUUCCUAUAGUUUUUUUCGCAAAAUGUCCGUUGCCCGCAAUUUGUCCGCUUUUCCAGGAUUUUUUGUUUUUGUCCUUUUUCCAGCAUGAGUUAUGGAUGCAAACCAAAACUUGUAGAAAUGCAACCACCAAAGAAAUCUGGUGGGAAUCAGAUAGCUGUUACCAGUCGUUUUGUCGGAUAUCAAUUCUAUCCGCUUAUUGGUUUACAUAUCCAAAAUUCUUCUUUAUUAUUGAUGAACCAUCAACAAGCAGAAGAAUUUGUAAAAGAAUGGAUAAUACAAGUUGGAAAAUGUAUAUUCGAUGCUUUAUUGAAUGAACGUAUUCAAAUUGAUCAAGAAACAGUGACAAUUUUAUUGAAGAAACGAGAUAAUAUUGUCAAAACAUUGUCGGACAACAGUUUAGAAUCAUUAACAUCAAACCCUUCUUUAUUAUCUUUAAUUUUUCUACAGCAACAGGGAAUAUCCAAUAAUCGUAAAGAAUUGUGUGCCUUUGAGUUGAUAUCUUUAUUGAAUUCAGAUGCUGGUAUUGUAGCUGAACGAGGUAAAAGUAUUUAG